UAAUUCUAUAUGUCAAGGAAAUGCUAAAUACAAAUGAGAGGACGUAAUUUCGGAGAGUUUUGAUCAAAUGGCAACCUGCAUUGUUUGAAUGCGACUCUACGUCUGCUAUGAUAAGGAGUUUCACAAAUUCUAAAAGCAAUCACAUUGAAACAGAUAGCAUCACUUUUCUCAAGACUUUUUACGGUAUAUUGAUAAAUUUCUGAUUUGAACAAGUUCUUCACUCCUCUCGACACAGGAGAUCCUGAAUCACUCUUCAUCUUCGUUCGUUAUUCAAAUGUGUUUAUGUGACAAAACUCACAAGACUAAAAGAUUGAUGUUACAAUAAGAAUAAGAAAUGGCUUCGCCACCUAAAAAAUUAAAGAUUGAGGAAAAUGGAUCUCGUUUGAGUAAACUCAUAAUCAAUAAAGGAACCCAAGCCUUAAAAACAACAUUGCAAUCUUUAUUAAAGCCAUCAAGUUUAGCUGGUAAACUUAAAGAUCCCUCUACAAAGAAGACACUAACAUCUUUGAAAUUUAAAGUCAUCAAGAAGGAGCAAUGGGAUCUUCUUUACCCGUCAAUUGGUGACCCUGACAUUGAAAACUUUGACAUCACAUUAUUAACUGUCUUAUUGCGAAAUAUAUGUGGUCUAAAAGCUCCACAUGGUGGAUGGGAUAAUCUUCCUUCCUCUUCAGAAACCUCAAUCUCAGAUAAUAUUGCAAGAAUAAAGUUUUAUCGAAACAAAGUGUACGGUCACAUAACUACAACUAGUGUAAAUGACAGUAAGUUUGAGAAGUUGUGGCAGGAAAUUUCAAAAGCAUUGGUUGGUUUGGGUAUUCAACAAACUGAAAUAGAUGAAGUAAUGAUAGCUCCCCUCACUACCGAUGAGGCAUAUUAUAUUGAAAUGUUAAAAGAAUGGUAUAAAACAGAGGAGAAGUUAAUCGAUGUCGCUGAAGAAAUCAAAAAAGAUGUGAAAGUAAAUAAAAGAAAUGUUGUAGAGAUUAAACAAGAGAUGGCAACAAAAUUUACAAACAUAAAUGAUGAUGUAAAGAAAACAAAAGCUGAUGUAUCACGAGUAAAAAAAAUGUUACAGGACAAAACAUAUUCAGAUGUUGAAAAGCUUGGAAAGUGUAACUUCAACGGUCUUAUAAAAGAUCUUAACAAAAAAUACUUACCUGGCACUAGGCAAUGGUUAUUUAAAAAACUCGACAGUUGGUUUAACAAUAGAACUGAAGAUGCUUAUAAUGUCACGAUUUUAAUUGCUGGUCCUGGAGUUGGUAAAAGUGUGUUUGCAGCUGAGGUGUGUCGACGAUAUGCUGAAAAGAAGAAACUUGCUGCUUGUCAUUUCUGCAGAUAUAAUAGAUCAGAUUAUAGAAAUCCUCGAAUGUUGAUAGAAUCAUUGGCUAGUAGCAUGUGUGAUACAAUAUCAGAUUUCAAAUCUAGACUAAAUAAAGAAUUACAGAGAAACCAUUCCAAAAAAUCAAUCGCCGAUGCAUUCCUUGUUUUAUUAAAUAAUCCAUUGCAUUCAUUUAAAGAUCAUGAACCAAUGCUUUUGGUCAUUGAUGCAUUAGAUGAAAGCCAAGUUAAAGGCAAAAGUGAAUGGUUGGAAUUGAUUGCAGAAGAGUUUGGCCGACUGCCUAAAUGGAUUAAAAUCUUCAUCACCAGUCGUCCAGAACUUCCUGUUCAAAAGAAGUUGAAAGACAUGAAUCCUGUGGAAAUUACAACUCGUCCUCGUGAUGAAAACAACGAAGAAGACCUGCACAAGUAUUUGAGACAUCAGUUGAAUGAUCGGGUGCAAAAAGAUCACUACCUUCUUCAGUCAUUAGUUAAAAAAUGUGAGGGAUCGUUUCUUUAUGCUUAUCAUGCACAACUGAGCUUGAAAGAAGAAAAAAUUGAACUUACAGACGAGAAUAUUGAACAAUUGGUCCCUAGUGGGUUAAACGGUGUUUACACAAAGCAAUUCAAAAGAGUAAAAAAAUUGUUAACGAAGAAAAGUAGCAGAAAUUCUGUUAUCACAGAAACUACUUUCAUCCAAUUUCGUGAAUUGUUGGCUGCCUGUCGGGAGUUUUUGCCAUUAACUUUACUGCUUAGCUGUUUAGGUUUUUCUGGUGACAUCAAGUUUGAAGUCCGCAGUAAAAUCAUUGAACUGUUAUCUCAAAUUUUGCCAGUUUACGAUAAUUGUUUAACCGUGUAUCACAAAUCUCUAAUUGAUUGGUUGAAAUCAGAUGGUUACGAAGAGCAUGAGUUUACAGUUAAUCCAGUAAAUGGUCAUAUGCUCUUAUGGCAUGCUUGUGAGAAAGUGUUUGAGCAAAUCUUGUCGAUGAACAUUUUUGAAGAUCAGAUGAACACUGCUAUGAUUAAUUAUGCUUUGAAGAAUGGAAUCUAUCAUAUGUCAAAAUGUGGCGAAAACGUUGACGAAAACUGGUUAGUAAAUGUCAAAGUGGUUUAUGCGAUUUUAAUGUGUGCGGGAAACGAUAACUUGUCUGCCAUUUGGGUCGAAUUGUUUGAAAUCCUUAACGCACUUCAAAUUUUUGCGAGAAUAGAUGGAUUUGAUGAACAACUAUUUCACUUGUGUAGGGCAAAACAAUAUGAGUCAGUAUUGUCAAUGACUGGCCUAGCUUAUUUACAAUGUAUUGCAAACACAAUUGAUAGCAAAAACAAAAAAAGAUUAUUGGCAAGGGAUUUAUUGAAGCAAGGAAAGUUUGUUUGGUUUGAGGAUUUAGACUCAUUAUAUCUAAUAAACAGUCAUCAUUUGACUGUCACCUUGCGCGCUAACGUUACAUCUCUUUGUUUGUCGUCCAAUGAAGAACUUCUUGCUGUCGGAUUUGAAAAUGGUCAAAUAUCUAUUUUUAAGCUUCCAUCAUUCGAACAACGACGCACUCUAGGCACUGCACUUAAAGAUCCAAGGAUGGUAAAGUGGGAUGAUGUAGAAGAAUUUGUGUCCAUUUAUGACAAAUAUGACGAAGCACACACAAAGGAAUUUAGUUUUCCACGUGGAAACAUCUGUUGGUGCUCCUUUUCACCUACCGGAAAUAGACUGGUAACUAGUGAUGGAUCUACUGAAGUAAAGUUGUGGGACGUUAACAAUGGACGUUUGUUAUCAUGUUUACAGUCAGAUGAUGUCGUUAAUCGUUGCUCUUUCUUAGAUUCUGGUUUGUUUAUUACAGCAGAAUAUGUAAAAUAUGAGGAAUAUGAGGAUAUUUACUUCCACGCAUUUAUAAAAGUGUUCACUGCAUGGAAUUCAUUAACCUUGGAAAGAAUCGACCGACGCUGCGUUGUUGAUUACCAAAAAUUACAAUGCACCGAUAAAUAUUCAGAGCUCUUUGUUGAAGUCAUCAAUAAGACUUCCUAUGUUUUUCAAUUCCCAAAGGCAAUCGACAUUUUUUCUGUUGAAGCAUACUAUCCAGUAACGUUAAUCUCAAAUAUAUCACACCAUUAUCGUGAUUGUACUAUUUAUCAUACUAACAAGGUUGUAAAGCUUUCUGAAAUCACUCAGUUGACAAAAUACAGCGAUCAAGGAGAAAUCGAGUUUUGUUUACCAAAUGUUUGGUGUCCAUGUGUUUAUAGGACUUUUGAAAAAGUCCAUCCAAUCUCGUUUAAGGAAUUUUACGUUGUGCCGUAUUUUUCCAAGCUUAAAAUUUUCAGAACUCAUCCCCUAUGGAGACCUUCUUUUAUCUUUGAGAAAUUUAGAAUUGAAUGUUGUUGUUUUUCACCGGAUGGAUCUUAUUUUGCUGCUUUCGCUGUUGGUGACCACGUCAACAUUCAUAUUUGGAGCAUUGAACGCUGCACUAUUAUUCAAACUGUACCAAUGCAACUGGAGUAUGCAAUUGGAUGUUGGUGGUCAGAUGGUUUACUGUGGAUAUGGGAUGGUUCUGAUCAUCUUACGAAGAUAUCAACUUCGUCUGAAAAUUUUGUAGAUUCCACGCAGACAAAGCGGAUAAGCAUUGGAUUUGAACCUAAAGAAAUCUUAACAUUUGGUGAUGUCUCAGUUUGUAUUCACGAAGAAAGGUUUGUUCAAGUUGUUAGAAUUACCAAGGGUAAGAUACAAUACAACAAAAGACUUCCUGUCGAUUGUUCAAAAGUUAAAGCAGCAGCUGUAUCACCUGAUAAUUCUGUUAUUUUAACUGUAAACAAAACAGAAUACACAUUAUGGAAAUGGAGAAAUAACAACAAUGUACUUUACUUGAAACCUCGGCAUACUGCAAAAAUACCCAUAACGUCUUUUAUUGAAAAAUUUGCUCAGGAACAGAUAACUGAAACUCGUCUUAAAUUCCGUUGCUCUGUAAGUGAUAGUAACCAAGCGGUCAUUGCAUUCACUUUGGAAGACGACAAUUACAACCAGAGCACUGCCGUUUAUGUAAUUAAUGUGCAUAAAAACAAUGACGUGAGUACGAUUUUGCAUGUCGGAUAUUUUUUUUGGUCAAGCACAAUCAUACAUAAAUCAUAUUUCAUUGGUGAAUCUUAUGGCUUUUUGGUUGCUGUAGAUUUAAACAGUGGUAAACAAUGCGCUACAUUAAGCGGAACAUAUCAUUUAAGUUCUAUUACAUUUAUGCAUUCCAAAACAGAUACUAUAGCUUACACUUCAGGUGAGGGAUAUGGAGUUAAAUUUUUAAAACUCAAUGUACCUGAAUGAAUCCACUAACUCAACCUUUUUUAGUUAUAUUAACCUGUUGUAUUUACAAACAUUACAUAUCACAUAAAACGAACAUAAAAAGUUCUUUAUAUCACAAAAGGACAGUUAUUUAUGGUAUCAACAACGAACUCAAAAAUAUUGUAGAAAAAAUUGUCCAUAUCCUUUGUUUUAACC